ACUUUGUGCAUAUUUUAACUACUUAUAAAUUAUGUCAAACGAAGAUUUUUCUUAAUUACAUCCAUAUUGACAUAAUUAGUGUAAGCGAAGUAUCAUUGUACCCUAUUCGCAGGGAAAACAAAACAAAAUUUGCGUGCUUCCAGAGAUGUGGUGGGUAUGAUUUGAGAAGUAAUAAUACAAAACAUUAGUUGAGGAGAUUGAUUAAGUGCUCAAGAACAGUUGGAGAAUGCUGUGCAAAAGUGAUUGUUUAGUGUCAUUUAGUAACUGGUGAUGUGAUCAACACGCACUGAUGUUUUUGUGUGUCCGGUUUCGUGUUUUACAUUUUUUUCUAAUUCCGCAUAUUUGUUUGUGAAAGAUGGAUAAAUGUAGUGAAUAAUAGGUUAAAAAAGCCAGUGAUUCCUCGAUUCUGUGUUUUAUCCCAAAGCUUAGUAUCCAUUAAGAUAUUGUUCAAAUGAUUUAUCUGUUACUACACGCGAGAGGAAGUCGGAAGAACCAUCAACAUAACUGAAAUUUGUCAUUUUGCACCCGUGUGUCAAUGGCAGAUCAGAAUAAGUUCGCCAAGCUAUCGCUGCAGUCAAAAAACCUGCAGUGCAAGAAUUUGCAUGAUUAUCUAAAAACGCUGCAGUCAGGCACACUUGAAAAGCUAUACAAUCACCCAACAACAUGCCUUGCUGUUUACAGAGAGCUACCGGAAAUUGCAAGACACUAUGUAAUCCGGAUCUUGUUUGUGGAACAGCCAGUGCCUCAAGCAGUGGUUGCAUCGUGGGUGUCACAAGCGUAUGCAAAAGAACAUGCUCAAGUAUCAGAGGUGCUGACGAGUCUCCAUGUCUGGCAAGAGGCAGCUAUUCCUGGUGGGUUGCCUGGUUGGAUCCUGAAUACAACUUUCAAAAAGUAUCUCAAAGUUGCACUUCUAGGAGGAGGUCGGCCAUGGAGCAUGUCUUCAACAUUGGAGGCUGAUAGCAAACCACGAGACAUUCCAUACCUGGAUAGUUAUGCAAAUGAACGAUGGGAAUGUGUCCUACACUACAUGGUGGGAUCCCAACAACAGGAAGGGAUUUCUGCUGAUGCUGUGCGCAUUCUUUUGCAUGCUGGUCUGAUGAAGAGAGAUGAAGCCGAUGGGAGUCCUGUUAUAACAAGAGAUGGAUUUCAGUUCCUGUUACUGGACACUGCAUCACAAGUCUGGUACUUUAUAUUGCAGUACUUGGACACUGUUGAAACUCGUGCAUUGGACUUAGUCGAAUGCUUGACCUUUCUUUUCCAACUCAGCUUCAGUACCAUGGGCAAGGAUUACAGUACAGAAGGCAUGAGUGAAGGUCUGUUGGUAUUCUUACAGCACCUCCGAGAAUUUGGCCUUGUCUACCAACGAAAACGCAAAGCUGGUCGAUUCUAUCCAACGCGAUUGGCACUCAAUCUCGCAUCUGGCCAAAGCAAGAUAUUGACAGAGGCUGCGGCUGAAGGCUACAUCGUUGUUGAAACAAAUUAUCGUGUAUAUGCAUACACCAGUUCCAAUUUACAAGUGGCGCUUGUUGGCCUCUUUUGUGAACUUUUAUACAGGUUCCCAAACUUGGCUGUGGGCAUACUGACUCGAGACUCAGUCCGUCAGGCUUUACGUUCAGGCAUCACAGCUGAUCAGAUAAUUGGAUUUCUUAGGUUGCAUGCCCAUCCUCGCAUGAUUGCAGCAGGGCCACCAACACUUCCUCCUACAAUCGUUGAUCAGAUAAAAUUGUGGGAGAAUGAGCGGAAUCGUUUCAGUUACACAGAGGGUGUACUUUACAGCCAGUUUCUUUCUCAAGCAGAUUAUGAAGUGGUGCGUGAUCACGCACAAGAAUUAGGAGUGUUAAUAUGGAGUAGUACUGCAAGAAGGACUAUUAUUGUCACAAGAGUGGGACAUGAUGAUGUGAAAAAAUUCUGGAAACGGUACUCUAAAGGUGGUGGGUGAAAUAAGUACUGAAAAUAUGCUUCAGUCACUCACAUCCUCAUAAUUUAGUGGUAAUGAGAAAUUAAAAAAUGUUCUCAAACUGCCAAAAAACCAAUCAAUCAUUGUUAUCUGAAAUACAAAGUUGCUGGAA